GGACACUUUGCAAUGUGUUGUAAUUUUGACUUCCGGACCAGUGAAGGGUCACGCUUGUAAGAUAAGGUGGUGUAGAGGGACCAUUCAUUCUGUCCGAUCAAGAAAAUAAAUAUCCUUCCUAAGCAUGAUUAGAACCGUUUUGCGAACUAGUGGCGCCCUGUUAAAGCACUCUGGACGGAGUGUACCAGGUCUGUGGACUCCAGUGCAGCAGCGAUGGGCCUCCAGCCUCCCCAUGAACACUGUGAUGCUGUUUGUCCCUCAGCAGGAGGCCUGGGUGGUGGAGAGGAUGGGCCGCUUCCAUAGGAUCCUAGAGCCGGGAUUAAACUUCUUAAUUCCGAUCCUGGAUAGAGUCCGCUAUGUGCAGAGCUUAAAAGAGAUAGUGAUUGAUGUGCCGGAACAGUCUGCUGUGUCACUAGAUAACGUUACUCUACAGAUAGAUGGAGUUUUGUACCUCAGGAUAUUGGACCCCUUUAAGGCCAGUUAUGGAGUGGAAGAUCCAGAGUACGCUGUCACCCAGCUGGCACAGACUACCAUGAGAUCAGAGCUGGGAAAGCUGACCUUGGACAAAGUCUUCAGGGAAAGGGAGUCGCUGAACUCCAACAUCGUCCACUCGAUUAACCAGGCGUCGGACGACUGGGGUAUCCGCUGUCUGCGAUACGAGAUCAAAGACAUCCACGUGCCCCAGCGGGUCAAAGACUCCAUGCAGCUGCAGGUGGAAGCCGAGCGGAAGAAGAGGGCUACUGUGUUAGAGUCCGAGGGACACAGAGAAGCGGCCAUUAAUGUGGCCGAGGGAAGCAAGCAGGCGCAGAUCCUUGCCUCAGAGGCCGAGAAAGCCGAAAUGAUCAACAGAGCUGCUGGUCAAGCCAAUGCUGUGCUGGCCAAAGCAGAAGCCAAGGCUAAAGCCAUCCAUCUAUUGUCUGAAGCCCUCACCUUACAGAAUGGGAAUGCCGCUGCGUCCUACACUGUGGCUGAGCAGUACGUCUCGGCCUUCUCCAAACUGGCCAAAGAGUCCAACACCAUCCUCCUGCCCUCCAACUCUGGGGACGUCACUGGCAUGGUCACACAGGCUAUGAGUAUCUACAGUACCCUCAUUAAGCAGAACCGAAGUCCAGUAGCACAGCUGACAACCUCAGGGGCACCAGACACAGCAUCAGCAGACAACACGGCUCAGAAAGAGAAUGGCGCAUCUCAACCUCCUCUCCAGUAGAGGGCGCAUGCCCCAGCCAGAAACUCACACUGACUCAAAUACACAAGCUAUUCUGGUUGGCAUCAGGGCCGAGGAGGCGACUGUGGAAUUGAUUCACCCGAUUCUCCACAUUUGUGUCUCUUCAAAGCCCACUCGGGACAUGAUGGUGGAGCUUUGCUAAGUUCUCCUGUUAUGAUACAGGUUGUUGAUGAACUUAUAUGCACUCUAAGUUGGGGGGUGGGGGUGGCUAAAUAAAGAUAGUUACACACAUGGGAGAAGAAUACAAUGAAGAUAUAAUGACAUUGUCAGCCUUAACCGUGAGGAUGAGAAUUAUUGUCUGAAUUUUGUUUUUCUUUUUUUUGGUCUGUUAGCCAUCAUAUUUGUGAAAUUGUAGGUUACAGUCAUCUUCCCUUUUCUUUGGCCAGCUUUCAAAUGCAAAUACUUUGGGAACAAUUGGAUUCAUGGCUUUCAUUUACAGAAUAGGAGUAUCUGAUAACAUCCUAUGGAAGUGGCCCCUGCAGUUGUUAGAGUCCCUGUGUCUUGACAAUCUCAGUGAAGAUUAUGUGAUGGAAAUAAUGCAUCCCAGAUACGCCCAUAAAAGGCCCAUAGAGGACUUUGCCAUUUUUAUCCAGCUAUGGACCCAAUGUAAUUACACCAAUGUGUUGACCCACAUUUUUGAAUGUUGUGAGUGAAGGGAAUGGGUAAAAUAGCCUUGGGCUUUGUUUAUUUAAUAAUCUGAGGUUUAGAGUACUGGUAUAUCUUUUUAAGAAGUCCCACCAGAUCAAGGCACAGUGUCACACAAAGCACUGAGAAUUUGUAUUUGGAAGGAGAAAAAAUAAAAACAGUAUGGAAAUUA